AUGCUCGAUGCAGCUCAAUUUUUUUUUUGGGAGAGGGGGGAGGAGGAGGAGGAUGGAAAUGAGGAAGAGGAUGUGGAUGAGGAGGAGAAGGAGGAGGAGAAGGAGGAGAAGGAGAAGGAUAAGGACGAGGAGAAGGAGGAGGAGAAGAAGGAGGAGAAGGAGAAGGAUAAGGAGGAAGAGGAAGAGGAGAAGGAGGAGGAAGAGAAAGAGGAGGUGGUGGUGGUGGUGGAGGAGGAGGUGGAGGAGGAAGAGGAGGAAAACAAGGAUGAGGAGGAGGAGGAGGAACAGGAACAGGAGAAAGAGGAACAGGAGGAGGAUAAGGAGGAGGAGGAAGAGGAGGAGGUGGUGGUGGUAGAGGAGGAAGAUGAGGAUGAGGAUGAGGAUGAGAAGGAGGAAGAGGAGGAGGGAGAGAAGGACGACGACUGA